UACAGGUCCGCCUGUUCGUUACCCUUGAUCUAAUGCAAUUCGUUUUCGCGCACCGGUGGCGAUAAUUGCAUGACUCGGUUGAAGACCGCAUUGACUGGCAUCGACUAAGGGACACGAUGGCAAAACAGUUGUCAAGUAAAAUUUUAGACUACUUAAACAAGCAUAAUGAGGUGAAUUCAUUGGAUUUGAGUACUGAGUUGGGAGAGCAUCACGAUUUGGUUAUAGGUGCCAUCAAAAGCCUCCAAACGUUCGAUGAUUUGAUUGCAGUGAAACCGGCUGUUAAGAGGGUAUGGGAGAUUGUACCAGAAGGCCAACAUGUAUUAAAUUAUGGCAGCCACGAAGCAGUUAUUUACAAUUCUGUUCCCGACAAAGGUAUACCUCAGAAGGAACUCAUAGAAUCAAGUCCUUAUGCCAAACUAGGUUUCUCUAAGGCAAUGGCUGCUGGAUGGAUCAAGCUGGACAAUGAUAAUGGCAUUCCUAUUGUAAGAAAGAAAGUAUCGUCCAUUGUGGAUACUGUACAUAUACAUCUGAAGGAUAUUGAAAAUAUCCCAGAAAAAGUUAAAGUGGAAUACAAGAAAAGGAAGCUUCUACAAGAGGUGGUGAUUAAUAUGUUACAUGUAGAAAAAGGAUCGAAUUUUUCUACAAAAACAGAAAAGUUAGAAGCUGACUUGACGUCAGAUCUACUAGCACACAAUGCUUGGAAGAGCAAGAAAUUUAAACCGUACAACUUUGAUGCUCUAGGUGCAGCACUUCCAAGUGGUCACUUGCAUCCACUGUUGAAAGUUCGGCAUGAAUUUAGAAAAAUUUUCUUGGAAAUGGGAUUCACGGAGAUGCCAGCAAAUAAUUAUGUGGAGAAUUCUUUCUGGAACUUUGACGCUCUCUUUCAGCCACAGCAGCAUCCCGCUCGCGAUGCACACGAUACCUUUUUCAUUUCUGAGCCGCGCAUCAGUACAAAGUUCCCUAUAGAAUAUCUCGAAAGGGUGAAGAAGGUUCAUAGUGUAGGAAAUUAUGGUUCUCAGGGUUACAAAUAUGACUGGAAGCUUGAAGAAGCGCAGAAGAACUUGCUGCGCACUCACACGACAGCUGUUAGCGCACGGGUGUUACAUAAACUUGUGCUGGAAGAGGGAUUUAAGCCGGUUAGGUACUUCAGUAUUGAUAGAGUGUUUCGCAACGAAACAUUAGAUGCGACGCAUCUCGCUGAGUUUCACCAAAUCGAAGGUGUUAUUGCCGAUCAUGGACUGACACUGGGUGAUCUUAUCGGGACAUUGUACGAGUUCUUCAAGAAGCUCGGCAUCUCACAGCUUCGUUUUAAGCCCGCGUAUAAUCCUUACACCGAGCCGAGCAUGGAAGUAUUCUGCUACCACGAUGGCCUGGGAAAGUGGAUAGAGACCGGCAAUAGCGGCAUGUUUAGACCCGAGAUGCUACUGCCGAUGAAUCUGCCCUCUGACGUUAAUGUUCUUGGGUUCGGCUUAUCUUUAGAAAGACCAACCAUGGUUAAAUAUGGUUAUAACAAUAUACGUGAUCUGGUUGGGCCAAAAGUGGAUAUGGAGAUGGUCCAUAACAGUCCUAUAUGUCGACUAGAGAAAAUUAAUCGUCAAGUAUUUUUUCAACAAAAAACACAAGAACAAGAGCAAAGAUCAGGCGGACAAAACAAGAGCAGAGAUCAGGCAGACGAAAAAGAAGAGAUCGAGCAAACCACGGUGUAUUCUUCGGAGAAGCAGGCAUUUUCCAAACAACGACAUAUUAUUUUCUGUGAUCCGGAAUAUCCGAUUUAUUUUCUCGAGUCUUUUCUACGACUCAUAAAGCCCUAUCUCAGAAUUUCAGUGUCAACUUACGUUCAUUCUACAGUAAGAGAUUUGCCAAAGAAUCUUGUAGGAUUUUGUUCGGAUUUUUCCAACGCUGAUCCGGAUAUACACGUAACUUUAAUUUGGAAGACUAUUGGAAUUGACCCUGUCAUAGAGUUAUCAGGUAUGCGUAAAAUCGCAGGAAUAGUGAAUAUCGCGCGGUACUUAAAUCGUUUAAUUGAACUAACCGAUGUUAAAGUAUUAAUGUACGAACGAAAUGGUCCGUCUUACGCGGGCGACGUAGACUCUUACCUGGACAGAAUACACUGUGCUUUACACGGUGUGGGUAACGAUAUAUUGCAUCCGAUCUCCAAAAUGACACCUUAUGCUUUGGGCGCGUGCAUUUCCAUAGUCGACAUCAUUCUCGAAUCUAUCGAUAAAUAUAACAUAAGAAAAUUAAAGAAAUGAUUGUCAAAUCUUCCUUGUUUCUUACGUGUAAUAACAUACCUUGUGCAUAGCGUAUGGAAAAGUUUAUUUAAAUUUCAAUAAACCAAUUAAAAAAAAUGUA